AUGGAGUUCAACACCACCUCUGGGGGCUUCCAGUCCCGUCGCUCAUACCCAUCCCUCCGCCACAUCUCUCUAGCACCCCUAAACCCACGAUUUCCCAUUGACGAUGACACCGAUCAAACUGAUUACUUCAACUACCGCGACGAUGAAACUGCAGCUAGUGGCACCCGCACACCCCCAGCAUCAUCCUAUUUAGCCAGCGUCUCAGUCCCAAGCACGCCGCCGAUCCUUGCCCACUCACGUAGCAACUCGCGAAGCCGCCACACGCGCAGCAAAAGCUCUACAAGGACAGGUCUAUCAAGCGAUACAAACCUGCACAACCGGGACUUAGGCCAUACCCUCCACCACAUCUCAACUCCGCACAGGAAACAGUCUGGCAUCUCACAAUUGCAAGGACGACGCCCCCUUCCAGACACCACGCCGAAAUCCAAAUCCGACGCAGAGUGGGUGUUCCGUGCAGGCAUCGCACUAGCGUCAUCAACCCGCGAAGAAAAAGGCCAAAGCUGGCUCUCCAAGCGGGAGACCUCAACAAGCCUCGUGCCGGAUUCUCCCUUCAACGAAACAUCAACUAACCGCCACCACCACCGCACCAAAUCAGGCGCCUCGUCACGCAUUUCCCGCUCUGGAGCUUCAACACCAGGAACAGGCGCCCUCUCUCGUUCCGGUAGCAGACGCAGCAGCCGACGGGGCAGCAGAGUCCAUCUAACCAUGACCGCGCUCCCAGCUGCAUCAUCUACAUCCUCGACGCCAGCAGAGAGGGUAUCCGUACGCUCUGGCAUGGAUACAGGCACCGCGACACGCACCGCGAGUUCCGAAGCGCGCGGUCGUAGUCCUCUAGUGCCAGACUUCGUAGAUGCGCGCAUCCGCGCCGAGAUGGCGUCUCUACAGCAUCGAUCUCCGGAUGAAGACUCUGUGUACUGGGAUAGGGCGCGCUCGGAUGAAGAAGAGGCUUUGUCUGAGUGCUCAUUCGACUCUGACGAGACGCCGGAUGACUUUGAUGAAGCGGAUCUGCAGCAACUGACGCGUGAGCACGGGUUCGGGCUCGGCUCUUGGAUUGACCGGUUGGUUGCGUGGACGCUUUUCGGGAUUGAUGAGUGGCCUGCGGGUGUUCCGGCUGCGACGGCUGCUUCGCAUAUUGGCACGGCGGAUACUACUACUACUACUGUUACAUUCGAGGAAUCUGACUUGGUGGAUGGGCGUGCUGAUGAUACAAUUUCGCUUGGGUCGGUUGGGGAUGGGUAUUUGUCGGAUGGUGAGAGUUCUAUUGGCAUUUCUGAUCCUAUUGAGAAGCCUGGGAGUCAGGGUGGGUGGGAGGAUGCUUGGUGGUUGUUUCGUUUGAUGAAGCGGGUGGUCUUAUGA